AUGGGCGUGCUGGCGAAGCUGCUGUACGUACUCGUGGAGGACGACGACGGGGAGCAGCAGCGCGCGGGGAGUAGUAGUAAACUCGCAGCCGAGGCAGGCGGAAAGGGCGCGCGUGCGGCGGUGCGCUACACCAAGUCGGUGCUGUCCAGCACGCUGCAGCUCAUGGGGUGCAAGUCCCGCCACGCCGUCAAGGUGAGACGUGCCUCGCCGUCAGGUCUCGGUUCUUUUGGUUUCGCCUUCACGUUUGCAGUCCUCUCUUCUCUCUUACUUGCGCUCCUCUCCCUCACCAAACACACGCAGAUCAGCGAGCGCGUCUUCCAGAUGCUGCUGCAGCAAGUCACCAGCCGGCGAGUUUCCGGCCAUCGGACGGACGUGGCGCACCGAUCACGGAUGGCAAACGGAUUCGACAGUACCCAGCGAUUGGCCAGGCCAAACCGAGAGGAUUCCAGUGCCGUUCUGGCCACCAGCGCCAGCCAUGAUAAUCACAGUUGCCGUGACAAUAACGGCCGUGACAAUAACGAGCGGACAGAAAACAGGGCAGCAGCAGGGGGGUCGAGUGCGGGCGGGGGGGACACAGUGAGGGGCGUGAGCGUGUCUUUGAAGCGCAGCACGUUUCUGGACGUGGUGUGCCGGGCGCUGGCGGAGUAUCGCUACCUCAGCGCCGACCAGCGCAGCGACCUCGCCCUCGCCUGCAAGGUGCGUGAGAGGAAGAUGUCAGUGACGGUGUUCCUGUGUGGCGCCAGCGGCUGUGGCAAGUCCACCCUCGCCUCCCUCCUGGCAUCGCGGCUGGGCAUCACAACAGUGGUGUCGACGGACUCGCUGCGCCACAUGAUGCGCGGCUUCAGCAGCCGCGAGGCCAACCCGCUGCUGUAUGCCUCCACGUACCAGGCAGGCGAACACCUCGACCCCGCUGCUGUUGCUGAUGCCAAGGCCAGGAAGAAGGCGGAGAAGCUGGGAGGGAAGCACGGCGGCGCACAGGCGGACACACAGGCUGCCGCAGCACAGCGAGACUGGGAAGGAGGCCGGGAGAGGAGGCUGGCAGCUGGGGAGGUUGGGGGGCAGGUGCGGCUGAGAGAGAUGCAGGGCGCUGUGGAUCUGAGAGAGAUGCAGGUCGCUGUGGAUCUGGGCGCUGGUGAGAGCAGAGGCGCGAUAGGACUGGGGGGUCGGGUGGGGGAAGGGCAAAUAGGCGGAGAAGGGAACAACGGGGGAGAAGCUGCAGUGACAGGGGGAGGUGGGGGUGGGAGGGAUGAGAGGGAGAUGGGAGAGGCGGUUUGGGAUGGUCGGCCAAGCGUGACAGGUUUGGACAGGGAGAGGAGUGGGGAAGGAGGCAGUGGAGGGAAAGGGAGAGAUUUGGGGAGUGGGAUGGAUGCUGUGAAUGGGAAGGAGCCAAUGAGUGAGAAGGAAGUAGUGAGUGAGAUGGAGGCAGUAAGUGAGAGGGAGGGGGUGAGUGAGAGGGAGAUGGUGAUUCAGGGGUACAAGGCGCAGAGUGAGAUGGUGAUAGGCAGUGUGGAGCAGCUGCUGUGCAAGUGGGAGCGCUGCCAUGAGUCCGCCAUCGUGGAGGGCGUUCACCUCAGCCUCAACUUUGUGGUGCGCUUUAGGGUUGCCUGCAUUCCACAUGGAGCUGCUGAAGCGGCAUCCUCUAUCAUUCCCUUUGUGAUGAACUUCGGCAACGAGGCGAAGCACAUGGAGCAGUUUGUGAUGGAGCUGUUGAAACGGCACCCCACGAUCAUCCCGUUUGUCAUCUACAUCGGCAACGAGGCGAAGCACAUGGAGCGGUUUGCGGUGCGCGCCAAGUACAUGACGCUGGACCCGCGGCGCAACAAGUACGUGCGCUACAUGCGCAACAUCCGCGCCAUCCAGGACUACCUCGUGCGCCGCGCCGACAAGCAUCUGAUCCCUAAGGUGAACAACACGAACAUGGACAAGAGCGUGGCGGCCAUCCACGCCACGGUGUUCGCCUGCCUGCGCCACCGCGCAGCCGGGGAGAGCAUGUACAGCCGCGCCUCCAACACGCUGCCACUGCUGCACCACGAGUACGACACACAGUACACUGCAUCUGGACUCGGCUCCAAAGGCAUGCUCUACGUCAUACAGAGAGAAGGCAGUCUGAGGGAGGGCAGGCUCAGGGAGGGCAGUGUGCGCUCCUCUGCCUCUGACCUCCCGGAUCCGCUCUCUGGUCUGCCCACGCGGGCCGUCAGCCUCCCCACGUACGCCUUUGGUGCUGAUAGCAGCGUGUCGGGCGCUGCAGCAGCUGCAGGGGAGCCGUACCCGCCUGCUGCUGCCCACACUCGCCUCUCACCCCUCCCACCUGACUUCCCACCUGAUGGUUCUCCACAUGGUGACCCACCUGGCACGGAGGCGUCUCAAAGCCACGGCCCGCCCUCCCUGUCAACACUGGCCUCCCGGCCGCCGCGCUCCUUGCAAGUGUCAGAGGGCAGCACAGGCACCACCUCAUGGGGGCCCUCUCUACAAGCAGGCGCAGCUCAUGCGUGCGUGUAUCCAGAGGAGCUGUCAGACGGGUAUGCCUCGGGCUACAGUUCAGGGGUACCGCCCAGAGGGCCCAGAGACCGCUUCGCUUUCGCAGCGUCUUUUCCAGCAGGGGCGCAGGGUCUUCCCUGGCAGGCAGGGCACGGGCAGGUGCCACCUCCCCCAGCUGUCGCCAUCCCCCUGCUGAACCUCUCAGAGACCCCGUCGGCUACGGAAGGCUCGCUGGAGUCCCCCAGUGCGCUGCUGAGCUCUGGGGUGAGUGCGUGCUCCACGCCCAGGGUAGGUGCACCUGGUGCAGGCGCAUCUCUAGGGGCAUCUGGUGGGGGCGGUGGCAGCGUGCUGGCGCCCAUCCACGUGCGCUUCAGCGGCCGCACGGCCUUCCCCCGCAGUGCUGACGUGGGCAACAGCAGCGGGGGGGAGGGCCUGGCGGAGCGCGAGCGGGAGAGGCGGGCGAGAGGAGGUGCGGCAGCAGCAGCGGGAGGAGCGGUGGGAGAGGUGGGGGUGAUGGGGGGGAUGGGCAUGGGGCGGCUGGCGAAGGCGAUGGACGGGGUGAGGAUGAGCGGGGGAGGGCAGUUUGCAGCGCACAUGCCCAGCUUCUACGGCUCGCCUGCCAGCCGCACGCACGCCCUGCAGAAGAAGGAAGAG